UCGGGCUGUAGUUCGGCUGAGGGACGGGCCCGGAGAAGAAACGGACGGGGGAUGCAUUAGUGAUGUUGGAUGUUAUCUUGUGAUCUCACAGCCAUCUCUACUCCAGAUUUUAAGCAGGAGCUUGGCAAACAUCCUUUCAGUUGUUAAUAUAGGUCCAUAUCUUGGUAGCUUGUUCUUGCUAGCGGCUGGACGCAUUUCCCUCAUGCCACUUGGACUAGGUCGCCGGAAGAAAGCCCCCCCUUUGGUGGAAAAUGAGGAAGCUGAGCCCAUCCGUAGUAGCCUGGGUGGGAUGGGGGUGGGUGGCAUGGCAGCACUUCAGCCUGGACUCCCCCCUCCACCGGCCAGCCUCCGUCCUCGACUUGUGUUCCACACUCAGCUAGCCCAUGGAAGUCCCACUGGUCGGAUCGAAGGCUUUACUAAUGUCAAGGAACUAUACAACAAAAUUGCAGAGGCCUUUAAUAUAGCCUCAACUGAGGUGAUGUUCUGCACUUUAAAUACCCACAAAGUGGACAUGGACAAAUUAUUGGGUGGUCAGAUUGGCCUGGAAGACUUUAUCUUUGCCCACACAAAGGGCCAGAGGAAAGAAGUGGAAGUAUUCAAAUCUGAGGAGGCCCUGGGCCUGACUAUUACAGACAAUGGUGCUGGCUAUGCUUUCAUCAAGAGAAUCAAGGAAGGGAGUGUUAUUGACCGAAUCCAAAUUAUUAAUGUCGGAGAUCUGAUUGAGUCCAUCAAUGGUCAAAGUCUCAUUGGCUGCCGGCAUUAUGAGGUUGCAAAAAUGCUCAAGGAUUUGCCCAAAGGUCGCACUUUCACUCUGAAGCUGACUGAACCCCGAAAGGCUUUUGAUAUGAUCAGUCAAAGGUCCAAAGGAGGCAAAAACAGCGGAUGUGCUCAACUUGGCACAGGAAGGGGCACUCUGCGUCUACGGGCCAAGGGACCAGCCACCGUGGAAGAACAGCCCUCUGCAUUUGAGGAAAAGGCCAUUGAGAAGGUUGAUGAUCUUCUGGAGAGCUACAUGGGUAUCCGUGACACUGAGCUAGCUGCUACCAUGGUGGAGUUGGGCAAGGACAAGCAAAAUCCUGAUGAAUUUGCAGAAGCAUUGGAUGAGCAGCUGGGUGAUUUUGCCUUCCCAGAUGAGUUUGUCUUUGAUGUCUGGGGAAGCAUUGGAGAUGCCAAGGUUGGGCGCUACUAGGAUGGUAAACAUACUAGACCCCCCCUCCCACAGAAACUAUGAACAGACGAGUGGUGAUUCUGGAACACUACAGCGCCCUUCCCUUUGAUGCUGGGCCCACUGAUUGGAAGGCAUCCUAGAGCAAUAAGUAAUCUGCAUUAUCGACUGGAGUGUAAUGUGAACUGGGGGCAGAAUUUCUGCUGCUUGCUUCUGGCCCCCUCUUGAUGGAAAUUCCCUCAGCCCUGGGUACAACCAAGCCAUUCAGUUUGCUCUGUGUUCUAGUCUGAGCUAGGUGCUACCAGUUGCUUCAUACAGUUUGCUAUUGCUUAGAGAGAUAUGGCUGCUGCAUGUUGGAUUUCCAAGCUUAUUCUGGUUUGGAAGCAAGCAUAACUGAUAUAGCCAUUCAGAUUUAGAUGGAUGACGAGCUGUUUUUGUUUUGAGAAUCGGAUAUCCUCCAUGGGAGCUGAAUGAAAGGAGGGAUGGACGGAGUUGGCUUUUUCAGCUCUAAUAAAAGUGGAGGAGAGA